CUUCCAUGUCGAACCCAAGAGGGCUACGACCGCGCGUGCGCAGUGGCGGUCGCGGCCGGGAAUUGGUUCCUCGGCGGCGGCGGCUGCCGCUGGUAGCGCGGCGGGCUGAGGCGGUCCGCGGCAUUUCUGGGGUCGCGGGAGCUGCAGAUGCUCGGCGGUGCCUGCGCGCUCAGUUGCCGGUCGCUUCCUCCGUUCCCCGCCUGGGAUGCUGAGUAAGGGGUCGUUGCAGCGCCUGCUGACUGCCGUGAACCGGAGGCGGAGGAUGAAGCUUCUCAUGGGGCUCGCCCUGGUCGCCUAUGUCGCCUCUGUAUGGGGAAAUGUUCUCAACAUGAGGUCUAUCCAGGAUAACAGUGAUCAAAAGGUGGAAAACAAGAUUGAAGAGGUUGUUGCACCUUUAAGGGAAAAGAUCCGAGAGCUGGAGAAAAGUUUUACUCAGAAGUAUCCACCGGUGAAGUUCCUAUCUGAAAAGGAUCGUAAAAGAAUUUUGAUAACUGGAGGAGCAGGGUUUGUGGGUUCUCAUCUUACUGACAAACUAAUGAUGGAUGGCCAUGAAGUUACAGUUGUGGACAACUUCUUUACGGGCAGGAAAAGAAACGUGGAACACUGGAUUGGCCAUGAGAACUUUGAACUGAUUAAUCAUGAUGUCGUAGAGCCCCUCUACAUCGAAGUGGACCAAAUUUAUCAUCUAGCAUCUCCAGCGUCUCCUCCAAAUUACAUGUAUAAUCCUAUCAAGACUUUAAAAACCAAUACCAUUGGAACACUGAACAUGUUAGGAUUAGCAAAGAGGGUCGGAGCAAGACUUCUUCUCGCAUCCACCUCUGAAGUUUAUGGAGAUCCUGAAGUUCAUCCACAAAAUGAAGAUUACUGGGGUCAUGUGAAUCCGAUAGGACCUAGAGCUUGUUAUGAUGAAGGCAAGAGAGUUGCGGAAACAAUGUGCUAUGCAUAUAUGAAGCAGGAAGGUGUAGAAGUAAGAGUUGCAAGAAUAUUCAAUACUUUUGGUCCUCGGAUGCACAUGAAUGACGGCCGUGUUGUCAGUAACUUUAUCCUGCAGGCUCUUCAGGGAGAACCCUUAACGGUUUAUGGGCCUGGCAGUCAGACAAGAGCGUUCCAGUAUGUCAGCGACCUUGUGAAUGGGUUGGUGGCCUUAAUGAACAGCAAUGUCAGCACCCCCGUUAACUUGGGGAAUCCAGAAGAACAUACUAUCCUAGAAUUUGCCCAGUUAAUUAAAAAGCUAGUUGGCAGUGGAAGUGAAAUCCAGUUUCUGUCAGAGGCUCAAGAUGACCCUCAGAAACGAAAGCCUGACAUCAGGAAAGCCAAGUUGCUACUCGGUUGGGAACCUGUGGUCCCCUUGGAAGAAGGCUUAAAUAAAGCAAUUCAUUACUUUCGCAAAGAACUGGAAUAUCAAGCAAAUAAUCAAUAUAUUCCUAAACCCAAACCUGCCAGGAUAAAAAAAGGAAGAACAAGACAUAACUAAAAAAACUACUCAGUUCCAAUAAGAAAUAAAUUCUGUAUCUUAUAUUUGAGAAGGUGUAACUUGUCUUUUUUAAAAAAGACUUCAGAAACAGGUAUCAUGAAGAAAAAAAACUGGAAUUUCACUCUGAAUCUUGCUUUAAAGAAGUGGAUGUGCCUAAAUAAGAAAACUGCAAUCUUUGCCUUGCACUUUUUAAAUCUGUCUUUUUAUGUAAAAUAGGAUAGAUGCAUCUUUUUUUGAGUAUCCUCAAGUUUUAUACCUUGCUGUGAGAUCAUUUUGUUGUGACUGUCAUUGACAGUUUUAUUUACUGGUUUCUUUGUGAAGCUGCAGAUAAGAUGAGAAAAUGCCAAUUUAUUUAUAAAGCUGGUACUUUAAAGGAGAGAUACUAUGCAUAAAGGAAAAAAAAACAGGCUUGCAGUAUUGUCAGGUGACUCAAAACACUGGCAUUUUAGUAUUAUAGAAUUAUAAAAAUGCUGUAUGAGAGCUUUAUGUAUUCUUUAAAUCUUUUUUUUCAAAUGUUUAGUUCUAGUUGCACACUUGAAUUUGAAAUAUUUUCACUGACUAUCAUGGAUAAAUGCUAUUUUAAAUCA